AUGGCAUCGAAUGUUGUGAUUUCAGCAAAUCUGUGCUGUGUAGCGUCCGGAGCUUUGCUAGGAUGGACGAGUCCGGUGUUACCAAACCUGGAGAAUUCUUUGGACGACAAUCCCCUCGGCACAAAAAUCACCGCCGAUGAGAACUCUUGGAUCGGCUCCUUGAUCUCCGUGGGAGCGAUUGUUGGCAGCUUCGUAGCUGGCUAUUUGGCGGAAAGAUGGGGUAGAAAAAAGACGCUGUUAUCCUCCGUGGUGCCAUUUCUGAUCGGCUGGGUUUUAAUCGCAACAGCCGGCGUCGUCUAUCAGCUGUUCGUGGCCCGAAUAGUUCUUGGUUUCGCUUUAUCGUUCGCUUUCACGGUCGUGCCCAUGUACUGCGGUGAGAUCGCUGAGACGUCCGUCAGAGGAGCUCUGGGAUCUUUCUUGCAACUGUUCGUCACCAUCGGUCUCCUGUACGCGUACGCCAUCGGCCCGUUUGUCUCCUAUGUGGCGUUCGCGAUUGUCUGCGCCAUUCCACCCGUGGCGUUCUUCGCUUGCUUCUUCAUGAUGCCCGAGUCACCGUACCACCUGCUCAAGAUCGGCAAGAGAGAAGAGGCGGUCCAAGCUUUGGCCAAACUGCGAAGCAAGUCACCAGCCAGCGUGCAGAAGGAAGCUGACGAAAUACAGGCUGCCAUUGACGAAGCGUUCAGGAACGAAGCAAAGAUCAGCGAUUUAUUCAAAGUGAAGGCAAAUCUCAAAGCUUUGAUAUUCACAUGCUUGCUCGUCUCGUUUCAACAAUGCAGCGGCAUCAAUGUUGUCCUCUUCUAUAUGGGAUCAAUCUUCCAAGCUGCGCACAGUGCGUUGCCUGACUCGAUAUCAACCAUCAUCGUCGGUGUUGUUCAGACGGCCACAUCUGGUAUCACGCCGCUAAUUUGUGACAAACUUGGCAGGAGGAUGCUGCUCAUUACCUCCGGAAUCGGCGAGAUCGUCUCCUUGAUUGCGCUCGGCCUCUACAUGUUCCUCCAAGACGUCGAAAAAUCGGACGUUAGCGGCAUAUCGUGGCUUCCUGUCGUGUCGCUGGUCAUCUUCAUCGCGUUGUAUUGCAUAGGCUGGGGACCGCUCCCGUGGACCGUGAUGGGCGAAAUGUUCGCGUCGAACGUGAAAUCGAAAGCUUCCGGGAUCACGGUGUCCGUCUGCUGGCUGGUUUCCUUCUUCAUCACCAAAUUCGCCAGCGAUUUGCAACGGGUGUUUGGCCAAUAUCUGCUGUACUGGCUGUUCGCCGUAUUCUGCGUGCUGAGCGUGUUGUUCACGUUCUUCAUAUUGCCGGAGACGAAAGGGAAGAGCCUGCAGCAGAUUCAAAACGAGCUGAGCGGCGAGCAUCCGGAGAUACCAGAGUUCGGCGACUCGAGUAAACAGUGA